GUAACGGUGAGAUAACUAUAUAUAUUCCUAAAAGAUACCCUAACAAAGGUGGGAAUUCCCUGUGCUAUAUUUCCAUAAUUUCUCUACAUCAGUUUUACCAUUUGGAGGUGUAGCUAGAGAGCGAGCAACCACCUCAAGGUACAGGUAGAAAUCCACUGUUGCCUGGACUGGUCCACUGGUUGCCACGGCGCCAGCCACAGUGUCUGGGUAGUACAUCCGCAGCCAGCCAGAGAGUGCCCCUGAAUACGAACCGCCAAACGAGAUCCAGACAUUCUUAUCUGUGAGUGAAAACUCGUCCACGAUGUGCUGCUUGAAGGAGACAACAUCUCGCAGGGCCUGUCGACUGGAGAGGUAGGCCAAAUUGGAGAGAGAGGCGUCCGGUGUUGGGUGACUCUCGCCAUAGUACCUGUGCUCCAAGAGGAAGACGAGUGCUCCGAAUCUGGCGGCGUUCCUCAUUAUAUCGGUGUCGGUGGCCAGCCAGGCGGGGUUGGCGGGACCUUCUCCCCCCAGCAUCAGGAAGACAGGCCCGCUCUCCGGCUCCCAGAAGGUCCGGUUGGAGAAGAACCGCUGCUGCCAGGUCCGAGUGUCGGACUCGGAGAAGUGGUCCAGUUUCUGCUGGAACCACUGCGGCUUGGCGACCUCUGUCCCAGCAGGCAGCGGUGGAGCUCUUAGUCCUACCAGUUUCCUGGUGGGACGAAGAGCUGAGGCUGACAGGGACAACAACAGCACCAGCAAAACAGCACGCAUCUCUUUCACUCCAGCCUUUUUUGUGCGCAUGGGUAAUGCGCAUGCGCAGUUAGCACACAGUCUAGUGAGAAAAAAUGGCAGAGAUCGUGUACUGCAGCUCCGUGUCCCGCUCGGACCCUAGCGACAGGCCCGUCACCAUCCUGGGCAAGAAGGCAAAUCUCUCGAAACUGCACUUCAGCGACGUGGCUCCGUUCCUAGGCUCCAAGGCGUCUGCAGAGACGUGGAGUGCAGCAGUUGGUACUCUGAGGGAGGAAGGAGGCUCCUGCAGUCUCUGGCUGACCUCUGCCAGUGUCGCUGUUCUGCCGGCCAAGUUCUCUCGACACAACACUCCCUCCCAGGCCCACAGCCUCACCAAACUGGUGCAGUCAGAGAGGAAGAAGGGUAGACAAACCCUCAUCAUUGUGGUGUGUGAGAGAGGAGAGAUGCUGGCGUCGGGGUGUGCGGUGGCGCGAGCCUUCCCCACCUACUCCAGUAAGACUCCGUCCACACCUCCCCAGACCGUGACCGUCGGGUUCAUAGUGGUGGGGGGCGGGGCAUCCCCCGUUACCGAUGACGACAUCAAGUGCCUCUCAGCCGAGUGUGAAGGUAUUAGGCUGGCAGCUGAGAUAGUGGAUGCUCCUACUAACGAGAUGCACACAGACAUCUUUAUUGAGAAAAUUCGGGAGGUAGCUGGGAAACUAGGACUGGAGCCACCUCUAGUCAUACAGGGAGAGGAACUGAGGGAGAAGGGGUUCGGAGGUAUCUACGGAGUCGGGAAGGCAGCUGAGCACAAGCCGGCUCUGGUGGUGCUAAGCCACACCCCCUCUGGAGCGGAGGAGACCAUUGCGUGGUGUGGCAAGGGCAUCGUCUAUGACACAGGAGGUCUCUCCAUCAAGGGAAAGACCAACAUGCCGGGUAUGAAGAGGGACUGUGGAGGAGCAGCUGCCGUUCUGGGAGCCUUCUACACUGCCGUCAAACUAGGGUUCUCCCAGAAGCUGCAUGCGGUGUUUUGCCUGGCAGAGAACUCGGUGGGCCCGCUGGCAACGAGACCUGACGACAUUCACACUCUGUUCUCGGGGAAGACGGUGGAGAUCAACAACACCGACGCAGAGGGCAGACUGGUGCUGGGGGACGGGGUGGCUUAUGCCAGGAAGGUCCUGCAGGCAGAGUGGGUCGUGGAUCUUGCCACUCUGACCGGAGCUCAGGGUAUUUCGACGGGCAAGUACCAUGCAGCAAUACUGAGCAAUUGCGAGGAUUGUCAGAAGGCGAUAUUUGACGCUGGCAGGACCUGCGGCGACCUCAACUUCCCUCUUCCGUACUGCCCGGAGCUCCACUUCAGGGAAUUUGACAGUCCCGUGGCCGACAUGAAGAAUUCUGUGAUGAAUCGCGCCAAUGCCCAGAGCUCAUGUGCCGGACUCUUCAUAGGAGCUCACCUGGGGUUUGACUACGAGGGAGUUUGGAUACAUGUUGACAUGGCAGCUCCCGUGUCCUCCGGCGAGAGGGCGACCGGCUACGGAGUAGCUCUCCUGACAACUCUGUAUGGCUCCAGGUCUGCCAACCCACUCCUCCAAUCCUCUGCUCCUUCCUUCCACUGCGAGGAGAGAUGUCGCCAGAUGAAGGCCGCAAAGUCUGCUUCUACUGAGUAGCACCAUAGAUGCGGUGACUGUACAGCUAGGGCUAUAAUUAUAGAGGUCAACCUGUGUUCAUGAAUUAUUCAUUAUGUUUUGUUUUGCUCGUGCGCGUUCGUUAACCGCACGUGUAUAAGGUUUCAUGCGGGAUGAAAAGAAGGCGUUUUACGGAAGUGCGGAGAGACCGAGCUAGACGGGGAGAGGGAAAGGCGGUGGAAAGAGUCGAGAAUGACAGACGCGGUGGUACGGAGAGGCUACUUAACACUUCACCGGAACCCCAGCGGCAGAUUCCCCCUGUCCUCUCUGAGCUCCAAGAGGAUGUGGAUGGUGCUGUGUAGGAAAGGUCCCAGUGGGCGACCGAGGAUUGAGAUGUAUCGCAGUGAGGACAGUGUAGGUGGCCAACAGCCUGUGAGAAUGAUAGAUCUGGAGACUGUCCGCUCCGUACAGCCAGUCGAGAGGAAGAAAAGCUUCCUGAUAGAGCUGCCAGAAGAGACGAUGAUGCUCCAAUGUACGUCCAAGGCUGACAUGGAGGACUGGGUUCGAGACACAAACAGACUCAGAGGAGGCAGAGUUGACCUGGCGUCAGGACAGAACAUUGGAGGCCAUCUCCCUGGACACGACAUCUAUGAAGAUGUUCCUGACGAUGAGACGUUCCGAGUUGCUCUGCGACCAACUAGUUCCAUAGGGUUCGCAGGAUCCUGCUAUAUGGAGAUACAAAGGGACCUAAACAGAAAUCUUUUCCACAUUGCGUUGACGACAAAGGACGAGCCGUCACGCCUCAUCGUCAAGUGGCAGAUUGACCACAUUAGACAAUACGGCUCCAAUCACGCCGCCUUCAAAUUCCAAUCAGGAGGGAAGUCUCCAACAGGUGUUGGUUGGUUUAUAGUGGAGACAGAGAGCGGGGCAGCUCAGCGGAUCCACAAGGCCGUCGACUACUGGGCCAAGUACAUUGUGGAGCAGAUCAGGAGCGUCAAAAUGAAUCAGAGACCUCCAAUGCACCAGGCUCACUCUGUGCCAGUGGCGCAGCAAUCUCCCUCCCGCCAUCCUCCACCUCCCCUCUCCUCAUCGAUGGGUGGCUCAAGUCCGUACGCCCCUCUCUCUGUGUCCACUCUGGACCAGCCACCAGUCUACCAGAAAGUCUCCGUCACUGCGACACCAGGCCGCCACUCAGCCACUGCUGCCGCCAGACACACUCCCACUACUGCUGACAAUGGCUCUGCUGGGGUCUACCAACCUCUCGGAGUGAAAGACGCUCCAUCAGCAUAUGCUUCGGUAAACGUGAGCCAUCAAGGUCAGGGGGGCGGGGCCGUAGCACGAGGAAGCCCCACCCCUCCAAUGAGGGAAGCCACAUACAUGGGUCUGCGUGCCGACACUCGCCAGCCAGACAAUCGCGAGACCUACGCUGUCCCAGAGCGCAAUUGAUAGACCAACCACCACAGACUGACUGAUGAAUAUCUGAGCAAUCAUUAAAACUAACUCACCAAUGUCAUUAUAAGUAUCAUCAUUAUUAUAUUAUUAUAGUGUGUCUCAUGUUCUGAUUAUCAUUAUGUGUAUACGUGGUGUUUGGUCUAAGACGUUGCCAUGGCAGCCGGAGUUUCAGAGGUCAUUUUGUCCGCUGUCUUGAUAUCUCCAACAGUGAUGAUGCGGCGAUCGGAGAACCCCUCCGUGGAGAUGAUGUAAUAGCUGAAGCUGGCAAGGUUGAUCAGAAACCUCAGCUGAAUCUCCCGCACACAUUUCUCCAAUAAAUGCACACCCUCCUCCUCGCUCAUGUCCGGCCGGUGGUAGCGAUCCAGAGUACCCAGUGUGAAGUAGGACCCGUAGCCGUGCGCCCCGUACGGUACGUCUGCCAUUGUUCCCAGGUAGUCCAGAUAGUAGAGGUGGGUCUUGGCUUCCUUGGCGUCGAACCCACCGAGCAGCAGAUUGACUGCCUGCGGACUGCGGCUUCUAAUGCUCUCUGCUAACUCCAGCCUCGUGAAGUUUGCCGCUGCGUGCGGGGACAACUCGUAGCCGUUACGGACACGGUAGAGAGCGACGUUUUUCUGGAUGUACUCUCCGAAAUAGGCCGUGUCGCCGGCCUCCCCGCACACCACCAUUCCCAGUCUGUCAUCCAGCCGCACCAGCUUGUCCUGGUCCUGCUUCAUCAUCAAGACACUCCGCCCCGCCGAGUUGUCGUGGGCCAAGAUGACAAACGAGUCGAACUUCAUCCCAAUGAGACAUUCCAUUCCGCCAGCCAUCUUGCUUCUCUCUCCUCUUUCGGGAUGCAAAACGUGGACUUGUUCCCUGCUGAGUUGUAGUGUGUAUUCCAAUUAGAGCGCA